AUGUGCCGUUCCUGCAGGGCUGUGGGGAUGUUCCCUUGGCGCUUCCUUCCGAGGGAAGCUGCCUGCAGGCCCCCUUUCCCCCACAUCUGGGUGGUGCUGGCCCAGCCUCAGCUCUCUGCCGGCCACAGCAUCUGCCCAGUUCUCCGCUGUGUCCAGGCCAGGUGUGCUGCCCACAGGCUCUUCACCACCAUCAUCACGACACCCUGCACUUCACCCAGAGUGCAUCCUGCCCGGUGGCGCUGUGCCCGAAAUGCUGCCCAGUUCUCACCGUCGUGCACCGUGACGGCUGCCCAGAGUGCAGCCUGGUUCCUUCUGUCCCUCACGGUGGUGCUGUGCCUGAAACGCAGCCCAGUUCUCCCUGUCUGUCAUGGCGGCGGCUGCCCGAGUGCAGCCUGGUUCCUUCUGUCCCUCACGGUGGUGCUGCGCCUGAAACGCAGCCCAGUUCUCCCUGUCUGUCAUGGCGGCGGCUGCCCGAGUGCAGCCUGGUUCCUUCUGUCCCUCACGGUGGUGCUGUGCCUGAAACGCAGCCCAGUUCUCCCUGUCUGUCAUGGCGGCGGCUGCCCGAGGCUGAGCAAGGAGCCAGACGCUUCGCGGGCUCCCCGGGCGCGCACAGCCUUCACCACAGUGCAGAUCAGCACCCUGGAGAGCGCCUUCCAGCUCCACCAGUACCUGGGCCCCCAAGAGCGGAAGAAGCUGGCUAGACAGAUGGAGCUCACAGAGGUGCAGAUCAAAACCUGGUUUCAGAACCGCCGCAUGAAACAGAAACGCCAGAUGCAGGACUCGCAGCUCAGCACGCCUGUGUCCGAACCCCUUUAUGCACCUCUGGCUGUCUAUCCACCAUCUCCUGUCUGGGGCAGUGGUCUGCAGCUGCUCUGCCCUGGCGGACCCCUGCCCGUGCCACAGGCUCUGGUACUGCCUUCUGGCUCCUGGGGUCCCCGCCCAGUGGAGCAGGCUCCGCUUGCCUCAGCAUGGGGCCGAGCGGAUAAAGGCCGGCAGCAGCAGGACUGGGCGGCCGAGGGUGGGGCCGCUGGGGCCCUCCACGGAGCUCAGAGAGGCCACAGCGCCGGCCAGGGCUCACCGGCCGGGAGGCCUGAGCAGAGGGAACUCCUGGGAGCACUGCACCUUUCUCGAGAUAGUCACCCAGACCCUCCCCCAGACGCCCCCAGAGACAUUCAAGCCCCCAUUCAAGCCAGCUCCUUAGACUCCGGGGUGGUCCAGGACCGACCCAAGUACGCGCCACCCCCAGCCUGCGACCUGGUCCUCAGAUCCUCAGAACUGGCGGGCCGGGAGCUGUCGCAUCCCCUUGGAGUUUAUGAUCCUGCCCAGCCGGCAGUCGCGAUGCCCAGGGAGGAGCAACAGGAGCGAGCCCAGGAUGCGUGA